AUGGCCCAAUCCAGACAAACAAACCUCGAAGGCAUGGCCAAAUGGGCCGACAAUACCAACGAUCUCGCCAAGGAAGUCGAUCUUGAGAACCACGACACCAAGCUCCCAGAAGUCAUCGACAACAUCAGACAAGAACUCACCCAGAUCACGGAGGAUACUAGCACUUCUUCUUCGCAUGCGUAUUCUGCGUCGGAGCAGGAGGGUAUCAAAUCAUCUUAUCACAAUUUUGUGCAAUCUCAGGAGGCGCUGUUGAGCACUAUUAUUGGGAAACAUAAAAUUCUAGCCCAGACGCCGUUCACGGCGCCGAUGGGCACGAUCCUGACUAUGCUGGAGAGUGGGUUUGAUGCGUUGGGCGAUGCUGUUAUUGGGGAGGUGCCUUUAUUUAUGAAGGAGGUGGAGGCCAUGAGGGAUCGGUUGGAUGGUAUGCUGGGCCAAGCUAUUGACUUGUAUGGUUAG